AUGGAAAAUGACCCGCCUCCUCAAUCGCAUUGCUCUUUGUCACUGAAACGACUGUUUGCUUCGGAUCCAAAUUACCCCUCUAAAAAGAGAAAGACGCCUCUAUCUCUGUCCAGAUCUGGCAAUCGUAGCAACCCUGCUUCGCAGCAAUUGUUACUCGACAUCAAGCCAGAACCAUUGUCCCAAGAAUUACCUGUAAAUACCAUCAAGCCGGAAGACUGUAUUGCCAAAGACGAGAAGGUCAAAUCAGAAAAAGCUUGCUGCCUCGAAAAACCAAAGUUAGAAUGUGGAAACGAACCGCUACUCUGCGACAUCAUAAAGGAUGAAGAAACGAUACCACCAGAGCUAGGCAUAAGCACUCAAAAUGGCAAUCCUCAAGACAGCAGCUCAACGUCAAAAGAAAAUAGCCUAGACGAUUAUGCUUGCCCUAUAUGUAGCGAGAAUCUAACAUCUGUCAAAUCAAGCUAUCUUCGACAACAGCAUGUGGAAGAGUGUAUAUCCAUUGAAAGCACACCUCAACUGGAACAAGAACUCGAAUUUGACGACUGUGUCUUUUGCGGCAAGAAUCUAACACAUUUCAACUCUACUAGACGGCAAGUCCAUAUCAAUAGGUGUCUUGAUGCCGCCGAUGAGCUGGAAAAGCAACACCAAAAGUCCAUGUUUGCUGGUCAACAUGUACCUUUUCUCAGCACGUUGGAGCUCUGUCCAGUCUGUCAUGAAGUUGACCCAUUUGAAAAUCGCACGCUCAAGCAGAAAAUUGUACAUGUCAAACAAUGUGCCAGGCAAAAUCAGAUGUCUCUUCCUCAGUUGCUCAAGAAAUUGCAGUGGAUUGGAUGGGGCCAUAUGCCUGUGCCUGCAACGACAGCAACCGCAACUACACCUGUAGAAAACGCAUCAUCCGCAUCAUCACCAUUGCCACCAAAAAUACCAGAACAUCAACUCACGGCUUAUAUCCAUGACAUGCAUGAGGAAGACGAGGAUUUCUCCAAUCAGGUCAUCAUUCAUGCAUCCCGCGUACCUGAAGUAAAUCAACGACGAGAGGAUAAACUAGACGACGAACUUCAGACUGCACUGGCCAUAUCCAAAUCCUUACAGCAAUCCAAACGCAAGCUGCGCAUCACCAAGCUGAAUGAAAGAGACUGGAACGCUGCCAACAUUUGGUCCUCUGAAGAGUCGAGAAUGAAUGCCAUGACAAGAUUAGACGACAUGCUAUUCUCACAAACGCAAGUAGAUGAUUACCGACAAGCACAGCGUGAAGCAUCCAGCGUCCAGUUGGGUCCUUCUCGCAUUAUACCCACUCACACUCCAUUUUUUUGGGAUUUGACCAGCAAUCGCCAGUCUAAUUGGAAUGAUGCGCUUAUUUUCACGUCCUUAUUCAUACAAAGAUUAAAGAAUAUAGAAGAUGUAUGA